AACACAAGCCACAUAUCCUCUCCACUUCUAAGCUUUGUGUUCCAUCACUCGUCCCCCCCCCACUGCUCCUGCCAUCCCCAGUUUCUCUCUCUCUCCCUCUUUCUCUCUCUCUCUUUUCUCUCUCCUUGUCUUAUCAGCUGUCUGAACAUAUAAAAAACUCCCCUCGUGCAAAGCAAUUAAUUAAACACUAUAUUUUUCCGUAUGUUUCCCGUUGUUUGUCUGUGUAGCCGUCACGGCGCGGUGAGGUGACGCGACGCGGGCGGGCGAUGAGGAACAGGGCAGGACGCCCCCUGCUCGUGACAUCAUCCUCUGGCAGAGAUGAAUCGUUGGCCCGGGAUCAAAGAUGGACCCCUGUGCCGCUCUGGCUGCCACAAAGGGGCGUCGAGGUUGGCACGGCGCCCGCGUCCCCGGUGACAACCAUGCAGAUGGGUUGCCAGGCGCAAGGGGUCAACAGCAAAGUGGCUGAACGUAUACAUCCUGUGAGAUGUCUGGUCUCACAUCUCUCUCUCGCUCUCUCUAUCUCUCUCUCUUUUCCCCCUUUCUCUUGCUCUCUCUCUCUUUCAUGUUGUCAGUUCCUGCGGUCCACCAUGAAGUGGAGGCCGAGGCCGGUCUGGAGGCUCUCAUGGUCGGGGGAGAACUGCGCCGAACCCUCCGUCUGGCCCCCAUCUUGUCCAGAUCUACAGUGAACCCCCAGAAUCUCCAUGGAGGGUGUGGCGUACUGAAGACGACAUUCCUGUCAGCGCAAUGUGUCCUGUCCAGGAGGUCAGCAGCAACAUUGGCAGCUAGAGGGUGGACCUCUAUGUAAAAGGAAUACCUCUUGGUGAUGGGAUGAUGAAGCUACUCAGCAGAUACAGAGAGAAGAGGAGUUGAGAAGCUCCCCUGCUGGUUUUAGUGAGUGAGGAGAGUGGAGCCGAGCUGCAAGCAGGCUAGCGCUGCACAAGGAUACGAACAGUGGAGCCAUGAGUAGGGCGCUUACGGACCCUAUCGGCAGUAGCUUCAGAGAAGAUGCUCCUCGUCCUCCGGUACCGGGGGAAGAGGGAGAAGCGUCAUGCCACACUCCCAGCAAAUAUGCCAAAAUGAGACCUCAAAACAAGGCUAAACUGAUUGCUGCCUCUUCUUCGAGUUCCACGCCGCGGAGGAACGAGGAUGGACUCGGGGAACCCGAAGGGAGCGCGUCCCCGGACUCUCCGCUUGCCCGGUGGACGAAGUCGUUGCAUUUUCUCUUGGGUGACCAAGACGGUGCUCACCUUUUCAGGACAUUUUUGGAGCGGGAGCAAUGCGUGGACACGUUAGACUUUUGGUUCGCCUGCAACGGGUUCAGGCAAAUGGACCUUAAAGAUUCCAAAACGGUACGAGUUGCCAAAGCAAUUUACAAACGGUACAUCGAAAACAACAGCAUUGUCGCCAAGCAAAUGAAACCUGCGACAAAGGCAUACAUAAGGGAUAGUAUUAAGAAGCAACAGAUAGACUCCGCAAUGUUCGACCAGGCACAGACUGAGAUUCAGUCGACCAUGGAGGAGAAUGCUUACCAGAUGUUUUUAACUUCUGACAUAUACCUCGAGUACGUUCGCACCGGGUGCGAGAACGCUGCCUACGUGAAUCACGGCAAUCUUGGAAGUCUGAAGUUGAUGUGUGGGUAUCUUCCUCCGUUGAUUGAGGACAAGGAAUGGAAUUGCAAUGACUUAAAAGUAAAAGCCCUGGCCACUGUGGUCGGACUAUCGGAGAAAACAUUACGAGCUACUGUAUCCAUUAGGACAACGGAUGUGCUGGAACAUGCGUGCAGGUCGCAGAGGCGAGGAGAGCCGGCGAGUCCGUACUUCGUCAACUCGGGCCACGUGUUCGUCCCCGCCACCAGUGCCAACGACAGCGAGAUCUCCAGCGACGCCAUGACGGACGACUCCAUGUCGAUGACGGAUAGCAGUGUUGAUGGCAUCCCUCCGUACAAACUGGGCAGCAAGAAACAGCUUCAGAGGGAGAUGCAUCGCAGUGUCAAAAUCAACGGCCAGGUCUCGCUCCCCCACUUUCCGAGGACGCACCGGCUGCCGAGGGAGAUGACGCCCGUGGAGCCGUCGGCCUUCGCCGCUCAGCUCAUCACCCGUCUGGAGAAGCUCAAGAAGGAGCAGGAGACCCUGAGCUCCCUGGAGGAGCGACUGCAGCAGAUCCAAGAGGAGGAGGAGAGGGACGAGAGCGAGGUGCCCGGCAGCAGCGUUGCGGUCCACCACCCUCCCCACGCCUUGGGCCUGCUGCCCUCGGGCUCCUGCGAGGAGGACCCGCAGGCCAUCCUGGACGAGCACCUCUCCCGCGUCCUCAAGACGCCCGGCUGCCAGUCGCCCGGCGUGCCCGUCCGCUACUCGCCGCGGUCCCGCUCGCCUGACCACUGCACCUCAGCCGCCGCCGCCGCCGGCCUCAUCCUGGGCGCGGGCAGCCCCUCGUCGUUCGGCGUGGCGCCUGCCGCGGGCAAGGGUCCCCUGGGCCACCGUCAGGGCACCAAGCACAUCCACCACCACUACAUCCACCACCACCACGCCGCCUCGCCCAAGACCAAGGAGCAGAUCGAGGCGGAGGCGGCGCAGCGCGUGGCCCAGUGCCUGUGUCCACCCACCGCCGCAACCACCGCCGACUACGCCCACCAGCGCUGCCACAGCCCGGCCGAGUUCAACGCUGGGCGUUCUAGCACUUUGUCCAAGAGACCCAGCAAGGCCAGCGACGGCGUGAGCGCCAGUCUGUCCGGGGGAGAGGGCAGCAUCUCCCCUCAGCUGCCCUCGGACGGAACCGACCGCUCGCAGAACGUGUGGCAGUGGAUACUGGAGAGCGAGAGGCAGAACCGGCACAAACCGCACAGCACUCAAGGCCUGAAGAAGUCCCACACCCCCGAGGCCUCGUCCAAAACCCUCCCCAGUCGGACGCCAUCCUGGGGAGGCGGCGGCAUCGUCGGCGGUGGUGGCAGCCACUCCCGCAACCACCACCCAGGGCACCCCUUCAUCCAGGACCCAGCCAUGCCCCCUCUACCCCCGCCCAACACCCUGGCCCAGCUGGAGGAGGCCUGUCGGCGCCUGGAGGAGGUCUCCAAACCCCCCAAACAGAGCAGGCAUUCAGUAUCCAGCCUUCAAAGGGACAGGAGCCAUCCGCAACCCUUCAUGAAUGGGAACUCAGCUCCAGCCAACCCCAGCCUUCAGACAGACGAGUGGAAAGAGCCAAAGAAGCCAUGCGGCGGACACAACGGGGCUCCAGCAGCGCUGACGCCAUCGUUGUUCUCGUCGUCGUCCUCGUACUCGUCGUCGUCGCCGGGCUCAGAGCUGGUGGUCACGUACUUCUUCUGCGGGGAGGAGAUCCCGUAUCGGCGCAUGAUGAAGACGCACAGCCUGACCCUUGGCCACUUCAAAGAGCAGCUGCGCAAGAAGGGCAGCUACAG